AUGGCUUUGGCUGAUCUGCUGUUAGGGGCUUUUGCUCUUCCCCUUUACAUCUAUGUCUCAAUUAACAAUGGUUAUCAGUUUUCGCUGAAGAUUGUGAAUUCGACUUUGGCUCGUGUCUAUGGGCUCUCAUACGGAAUUUCACUCUGGGUUUCAUUGACAUCUGCAGUUUCCAUAUCAUGUGAGAGGUUUUACGCCGUAUAUUGGCCAUUCAAACACAGAACACUAACCGCGCGAACAUACCACGUUGCCUUGUUUGUUUUAUGGACACUUUGUCUUCUGAAAGCCACUGCCCCUUUUUAUUUACGAUCAUACAACUAUUUCAUCAGUCAUGCUCGUUCAUCAUACGGUGUCACUGCAGGAAGUAUUAUUUGCGCAAGCAACAUCGCCAUUUGGAGAAAGUUCCGCCACGGAAACGUCACUUCACAACAGAAGAAAAGGGACGAGAAAAACGUUCGUUUGACGAAGACUUUAAUGUUUUCUUCUAUUCUUAAUUCGUUCUGCUGGGUCCCUUUGAAUAUUGUGCUCGGUGCCCUGAAUGAGAGUGUUCCAGUACCGAUGAGAUGGGUCGUUAUUGCUAUGGCUCUCAAUUGUUGUAAUGCUUUUAUAAAUCCAGUUAUGUAUGCAUUGAGAAUUCCAGAGUUUCGACAAGCACUGGCUCUCAGCUGUGUCACAAAGCGAGUUGAAAUGAAACCAAGAAUAGUUACAAUCAAAGGAAACAACGAAACCAUUUUGAGAGGAGAGACAAAACUAAGAGCUUGUCAUAAUGAGUCUGAUGAAGUGGCAUUAAGGUUUGAUAACGAUGAAAUGGAAACCAAACUGUAG